UUUCCCAAAGUGAAAUAUGGGACUUUCCAGAAACAAAAUGUCGUGGUUUUAUUAAUUUGUGUGUGUUUGUGAUUCAAUUUCCUCAUGUUUUUCGUUGGAUUUCCAGGAGCUGCGGCCAUUAACCUCCAAUAUGACUGCUUACUCACAGCAGUGUAAUGCAAAGGUGAAGAAAAGAGAUAAACAAAACGUACACAAAACAAAAAGAAACCGGAUCACCAGUGUGAAAAUGGACGAUAAGGAAGCAAACGAUCGCCUCAUGGCGGCGGAGGCGAUGUCCGCCCUCUCCUCACUCGUUUUAGUCAAGAACGGCAAGGCGUCUAAAUCAGAUGCGGGCAAUUCAAAAGACAGUAAACCUGCACGACAGAAACCAGGCCGGAAAACAACAGGCACGCAAGGCACUAGAAAAGCAAAGACCAAAGCUAAAAAUAAGUCGUCAGUAAAUAAUCAUGAUUAUGCAACUCCAGGCAACAUGAAUAAUGAUACAAAUUGUGUCAGUAACAAUAAUAAUAAUAACAGCGACCAUGCAGUGAAUUCGAAAAAUGUGAAUACUAAAAAUAAGAAAUCUAUUAAUAAAAAAAGUGAACAAGCAACCCCAAAUUCUGGCAUCACAACAAGAACUAAAUCUGGCAAUGCGCAAACAACAACAGUUCCAUCGUCAUCAGCACCAAAAACUGUUACACAAUGCACACAGACAACGCCUAGUGCUGAUUUAUUUGGGAAUCCAGCUAUGAAUUUGGCCAGUUUGUCGUUACUUUCGGGUAAUCUUUUACAAGGUGGUUUUGCGUUGACCAGUUUACCCAGCAUUCCUUCUGGUAUAGAUGCAUUAAAACUCACGUCGAACAAUAUAGAUCUUGCUGCGUUACCAGGGUUGAAUAGCGUUAAUUUAGUACUAAAUAAAUUAGCGACUCUAAAUGAAUUAAAUAAGGAGACAAGUAGUGAAGGGGAGAGAAGUCUGCCCUUUAAGAAACGAAGAUAUGCAAAUACAACAUCAGGUACAAAUGCCGAUCAAGGUAACGAUGUACCGCCACCUAAGCCAAGAACAUCAACUAGCGUACCGGUACUGAACCGAUCUAUAUCAACAGGUUCUAAUGCAGAAAAGCCAGCUAUUAGAUUAUUUGAGCCAGUAUUUGAAACAAGGUUAAUGUCAGAAAUUUCUGUAGCUUUACAACCAGAUGAUGAUGGUGACCUACCUUUACAUAUAGCUGUAGUACAUGAGAAUAUUCGUAUGAUCAAGAAAUUUAUUCAGUUGAUGAAAUUAGCCAGGAAAAGUGUUGAUAAAUUUAAUAAACAAAAACAGACACCACUACAUCUGGCUAUAAAGUUAGAUUUAAGGGAAGCUAUCAAGUUGUUGUUAGAUGCCCAGGCAGACGUAAACUAUGUCGAUCAUACUGGUUGUACUUCUCUACAUCUAACCGUUAAACAUCAGUUACCACAUAUAGCAAACCUUUUAUUUGAACAUUCUAGAGUUGAAAUUGAGGUGAACACCAGAAACUUUGCUGGUUUAACACCAUUACAUACAGCUGUGGAAAAAAAUGAUGAAAGAAUGAUUAAUUUACUUCUUGAUAAGCGUGUGGAUGUUGAUGCAUUGGAUGGAAAAAGUGGUCGAACAGCGUUGUACCAUGCUGUGGAAUGUGAGAAGAAAAGUAUUGUCAGUCUGCUUCUCAAAAGGGGAGCUAAUCCAGAAAUACAGAAUUAUGCUGGUAAUACGGCCAUAAUGGCUGCCCAAGCAAGAAGUUUUACUGACAUAUCAUAUCUGUUAACUAGUAAUGUUAAUGAUUUAAAUGAUAUGGAAGUUGAUGAACAAUCUAAUGAGGAUGACGUUUCAAGUGAUAAAAUAACAUCAGAAAAACCUCACUACCAUCAUGUGACACCAGUCAUUCAAUAUGUUAAAAGUGAUGCAAACACACCACCUGGUGUCAUUCGUGUGAUAGAUCAAUCGGCUGUGGGCCCUGCUCAAAAUAAAAAUGUAUUAACUUCGGUGAUGAAAGCUAAGAUCGAUGACUUUCCAGCUAUGGAAAGGAUAUUGCAGUCUAAUGAAUUGCAUGCUGUAGAAAAUUACAGCACUGAAAAUUUACCAGGUCCAGCUUUGGGACUGUUAGAAAAUAUGGAGAAAAGUGAGAAAACAUGUUCUAAGAAUAAUUCAAAAAACAGGAAAUCACCAGACGCUGUUGCCAUGGGAACAUCUACAAAUAAUUCCAAACUAGAAACAGAAACUGUUAAAAUCUCUGUGACAACUACACAAACCAGCGAAAAACAUCCGGCAAUAGUUCCAGAACGACUAAUAUCGUCCGCACGAACUCCGGUCACCAUUCCAACAGGAAUUCAAUCCUAUAUUAAUCCUGACCUUAGAGCUAAAAUACAACAAAAUUUGAUAAAUAAAAAGUUGAAAGCCCAAUUAUCCGAGGAGAAAAAAGACUGAAUAUAUGAUAACUCCUCUCUAUUUUGGGGAACACUUCACCAAUUAUGAUUUGUUUUUGUUUUUUAUUUCAAGACACUAACUGUAAAUGCUUAGAAUAACAAAUUUGAAAUGGCCAUUUUAACUGCAUUUAGACAUAUAUUAAUUUAAACAUUAUGUAAUGGUGAUUUAUUUAAACUUGAGAAUAAGAACAGAGAGAUGGCUAGAAUAUGAGUUGAUCAAUCUAAUCCUGAUACAAACAGACACAUAGUGGAUGUUUAAUGUUAAAGCUGAUUUGUUUACAACCUUGAAAUAUACACAAUUAAGGUAGAUAAUCCUUCGUUGAAUACUGCAGUAAUGUAAAUGUAAUUAUAUAUUAGUUUGCCAUGUAUAUAAUUGUCUCAUCCGAAUUGAGUAAAGAUACAUGUUUAAUUGUCUCAUCAGAAGUGAGUAAAGAUACAUGUUUAAUUGUCUCAUCAGAAGUGAGUAAAGAUACAUGUUUAAUUGUCUCAUCAGAAGUGAGUAAAGAAACAUACAAUUAGCUCAUCAGAAGUUAGUAAAGAUACAUGAAUAAUUGAUUCAUCAGAAGUGAACAAAGAUAUGUGAUUUUUCUGCACAUUGUGUUGUUGGACCUGAAUCAUACUGGUCUAUUUAUAGCACAAGAGUGUAUUGUUAAAGGGGCAAUCCCAGGUUUCACAAACCACCAUUAGAUAAAUAUGAAUAUCAAAUUCCAAAAUGGCAUGAUAUAGCCUAUUUUCUUAAAAGGGUUAUAUACAUGUAAUUCAUUUAAGAAAUUUCUCUCUUCAAUUGUAUGAAUCACUUGAUAAUCGUGAUCGCUGUGACUGCAGCAAUUGUACAGAUACGGUUAUCCAGGCAUUUACCGAUUGUGGAAUUUGGAGACUUAUGGCAAAUACCAGGUAGAAAUUGAAGGAAGAAGCAAUUCAGAUUAGGUCAUUUCACAGGACAAGGAUAAAGAUUUGCAAGUCUUUCACCCCGAUUUAACCCUUUGAAUUCACUCAAAUGUAUCUGGGACUGUUCCUUUAAACUAAAGACUAAAAUCAAUAUAUUAAGAAUUUACACAAAUUUGGUUAUUUAAUUAACUUGAUUCAAGAAAAAUAUUUGAUCAUCCAGAAAAUAUGACACAUAGUAGAUAAUUAAUGUUAGUAUUUUGUAAAUGCUUACUGUAUUUAAAAUCUGUGUCCUGAAUGGAUAUUGUUAAUGUUUCAUAUGAAUGGAUUUUGUUUAGCCAAGUUUAUUGUAUUUUACAAUAUGAAUGGAUUUUUUUUAGUGCAUUGUACAAUAUGAAUGGUUUUGUACAAUGGGAAAGGACUUUGUUUAGUGUAUUGUACAAUAUGAAUGAAUUUUGUUUAGGGCAUUGUACAUUAUGAAUGGAGUUUGUAAAUGGAUUACACAUGAAUAUUAUUGUUAUAUAUACAAGUAUGUGAAUGAGGCGGGUCUUCCCAUAUCGCUGAAUCACCAAAAUUUGGAAAGUCGACUGCGGCACUCUUUGAUGAGUUAAAAACGGAUUAAAAGCGUUAAUGAGGCAGGGACCAGUCAUUAUUAAUAUAGUUCAAUUAAAUUGAUUUUAUCAGAAUUCAACUCAGUCACUAAUUAAUAAAAUGAAUAUAUUUCACUUAAAUUACAUGAACUUGAAUUUUGUCAGAAUUCAACUCACAUUCGAAACAUAGACAUGAACAAGGAAGAAUAAAUUUGUUAGAAUUUUUGGACUAUAUUGGACACUUUAUGCGUGCAAAAAGUUAAAUUUAUGUGUUAUGUUAUGU